GAGGUCGCAACAGUAUGUGUUCAAGAACGAUAUAUUAGAAGUUUUAAUCUAAUCGUUUGAACGUAGAUAAUCAUUUUUUAUGUUGGACACGAUAAACGAUUAUUAUCGAUAUUUUUUUCGUUUCAUCUGCUCAUUCGAAUAUAUUUAUAACCUUUCCAAACGUGGCCUGCCAUACAUUCGAUUCGCAUCGAUGAUUCAAAAAGAUAUACCACUUUCGUCAGACAUGAUUGACCAAACGGAAGAUGAUGAUAUGUUAUACGCGGGUGACAUGGAAGAAGUGAUAGAUACGAAUGAGUCCGAGAACUUUGAAGAUGAAGUCUCAAGCGACGAAGAGCCUCUGGAAGAUGCAAUCUGUGUAUUCACCGGCCACAAACCAGGUUCCAUCUUUUGCGGAUCACUGACUAGAAAAAAAUUGGCUGUUACUGGAGGUGUAGGAAAUGUAGCUUAUGUUUGGGAUACAUCAUCUGGAGAAAUUAUUUUUAAAGCUAGGAAACUAUCAGAUAGUAUAGUCUUCUGUGAAUUUAGUCCAAAUGAAAUGUACUUAGCUAUUGGCGAUAUGAGUGGUAUUGUUUAUGUUUGUACAGUACCUGACAAUGAAACAAUCCUCAGCUAUAAUAUAGGUGAUCUGACGUGGUUAAAGUGGCAUCCUACUUCAAGCAAUUUAUUUGUAGGAAAUACUGAUGGAGAAUUAUAUAGGUUCAAAGUACCUACUGAAUAUCACAAUUUUACCAAUGGUUACAAAUAUGGAAUUGAAGUUGGAGCAAUAUUUCCAGAUGGUAAACGUGUUGCAUUAGGUUAUGCAGACGGAAUGAUUAAAGUAAUAGAUUUGCAAACGCUGUCCGAAAUAUCAAGUUCUUCUUCACUAGGCCAUUCUUCUACCAUAACUGAUAUCGAUUGUCACCCAAAUAAUAAUCUAAUCAUUUCGUCGGACGUAGAUGGGAAGACUAUACUUAGCAUGGCAAACACUGGCACGAUUAUUUCUGUUCUGCAAAACCUGUAUAAUUUCGAGCAAAGUAAUAUUACGAAUGUCAAUAAUGAUGGUGAAAAUGUUGAUAAUGAUGACAGGAAUAACAACUGGGUAGAAGCGGUUGCCUUCUGUAAAAAUCCCGCGUUCCAAGUUGCCGCAACUGGUACAGUUAAUGGAGAAAUCUUUAUCUGGGAUAUCCCAAAACAGGUACUUAGGUGUAAAAUAGAUCAAGCACACGGUACAUCCAAAUUGGUGUGGAAAGGAAACACACACAUCCUGUUUUCAGCAGGACUGGAUGGUAUUCUCAGGUGUUUCGAUGCAAGAAGUGGUCAAUGUUUGCGAUCAUUCACAGGACACACAGCAGACAUUUAUGAUUUAUUUAUAUCCGAAGAUGAAAAAAGUAUAUUGACGACUUCCGAUGAUGGUACAGCAAGAAUCUUUGAUAUUUCAUCUCUACCUUAAUGUAGUUUAUUACUUUGAGAAAAUUAUAAAGUCUUUGU